GUUCGAGAGCUACCGUCGAUGCAUGGAAGGGAGGAAAAACACAGGCUUUGCUGUGCGUCAGGGGCCGCGGCUCUGAACGGUGGGGAACUACAAGUUCCCCUUACUCCUUCCCCCCUGCAAUGAACUCCCUGGAGCAAGCGGAAGAUCUCAAGGCUUUUGAAAGGCGGCUUACUGAAUAUAUAGCUUGUUUACAACCAGCAACUGGACGGUGGAGAAUCAUUCUUAUAGUGGUAUCAGUCUGUACAGCAACUGGUGCUUGGAACUGGCUCAUAGAUCCAGAAACACAGAAGGUAUCCUUUUUCACAUCUCUAUGGAAUCAUCCAUUCUUCACAAUCAGCUGUAUUACUCUGAUAGGGUUAUUUUUUGCUGGAAUACAUAAAAGAGUGGUGGCCCCCUCAAUCAUAGCAGCUCGAUGUCGAACAGUCUUGGCAGAAUACAACAUGUCUUGUGAUGAUACUGGAAAGCUAAUAUUGAAACCCCGGCUUCACGUCCAGUAACUCACUGUCUUCCUUCAACUCCAUCCACUGUCUCAGAUACAUUGGAAAAGGGGAGAGAGACUUUUUUCAAUAUAGUGAGGCCAAAUAGGAUUGCGUGGAAUGUUCAGUUGCGUACAAAGGUGUCUCAACGGUUGACGACAGAAACGUGAAACUUCUAGUGUAUUUAUUCAGAAUCUCCUUGCCUUUUCUUGUGUGAGCUAUGAUUUCAGUUUCUUCCCUUUCAGUAUUAAUAUUCCUUCUAUACCAUUGGCAAGGCGGUCCCUGUAUGCAAAAAAAUGACUUGCUUGUUUUUAUAAUGUGCAAAUCAUUGUAAGUAGAAAUUGGAACCAGUAUUUAAAGAGGCACUUAAGCUUGCCAUUCACAGCUACUUUUCCCCCAAGAGAUUUAUCUAUUAAUCAUGGCUCAUAGUAGACUUCUUUCAUCAUUUUAGUUUAAUUUUUGUUAUGUAAGACACAGUGAAUACACUUCCAGAAACAAGAAGACAGAAUUCUGGACAAUCUUGGCUUAUCAAUCAUGAGUCAGCAUGUUGGGGCAUAUUAUCUGAUUUUCCCAGGUUAUUAAUACCUGAUUUGCCCACUCCCACAAAAUGGGGUGGCUUUGCUAACUGGGAACUUACCAGGUGGAACAAAACUUAGUGCUAUGCUCCAGCUGGGACCUCUGUUUUGUCAUUCACCUAACAAAACAUAGUCUAAAUCCAGGGUUUGAAGUUGGCUUGAUUUCUGGCUUCCUCUGAAACAAUUGCACAAUGCUAGUUUCUUUUUCUUGCUGGUUUGUUCUUGGUUCCUACAGGAGGAACCAAACAAGCAGUAAGACAGAAUACACAAGCCUGCUUGGUCAUGAAUUCACAUUGACCAAGUCAGAAUCCUGACUCACCACUUUGUGCAAAAACGGCCUACACUUCAGCUCGUGCAUUCUCUGUAGCUUGACUAUUUUCAGCUCAUACUAUGUUAGGUUUUUGCAUCUGGUAUGUAUAAGAACAAUGUAUUGUAUCUGAAAUUUACACUGUGAUAGUUUUGCCAUGGAACUAGUAUUGCUUAAUUUCAGAUUACUUGAUAAAGAAGUGCCACAAAUGUAACAAAAGAUGGAUUCGGAUUUUCCUUUGGGUUCCAAUUUGGCACAUUCCAGACACUGCUGCCUGAUUAACUAUAUUUAGGGAAUUGGUGGGAUUCUGAAGCCCAAAUAAGAGCCAGUUUUAGUUACUCCUUCAUUUAGUUACUCCUCCGUUAGUAUAAAAAAAGCAUAGCAUUUUUAUAGCUAUGCUUAAUGCCAAACUGGUUCACAAACCCUCAUCUACCCAUGGUUACACACUAACAUGGUUACAAACUGUGAUUAGCAACAAUGCCAUCACAGUUGUAAUGCUUGUGUGUGAUCAAAACUGCCAGGUAAAACCAUGAGGAAGAACAUGUAAAGCUGCAACAUACUUCCAAUUGGAGAAUGUUAAUUAAGUCAGAGUUGGGCAGAAAGUGGAGCUCCAGCUUCAACUCCCAGAAGUCCCUGCCAACAUGGGCAGGGAUGCUUGGUGCUGAAGUCUGGAACACCUGGCGGUCUAACACCUGGUUUUUGACAACCCUCCUCCAAGUGAUCAGAUGCUGUUAGGUUUACCAUAAGCCUAUGACUCCCCUACCCUUAAAACUUGGUCAUUUCACUACAUUUUCACAACCUAAAGACUUUCCAAAUGCUUGGUGGCCAUCGGGUCAAGUUCUUCAACCUUAAUGAGCGAGCAUCACACAAAUUACACAACAUGCUGGGUGUCAGAAAGACAGACUUUGUGCCAAGGCAAAAAGAACCAUCUGAAUCCAAACGUGUUACAUAAAAGUGUUAAGAAUAAAAAUAUACCAGCUGUUACACACAGUAUGGUUUUUACCUGGUAAAUAGCUCUUUAAUUUCAAAUCCUCGUUGUGCCUUUUAGAAAACCCUUUCGAAGCUAUCUAAAGAGUCCAAGACUUUAAGAGCACAAAGUGAUUGAUGGUGUAGGAAAUGGGCUUUCAAGCCUGACGCGGCAAGAUUGCUUUCUGACGGCAUCGCAUGGUGACAGCAAUAACAUCCUGUGCUCUUCAAGUCUUCGAUCUCUCAUGCCACCUGUUUUUAAAUCGCUGUACAUUUUGUAGAAAUGUGUAUUAAAUAAAUACUUUAUUUAUAAA